CCCCAUCCCCAUCUCGCUAGCGCAUUAUUGCUUCCUUCCAUUCGCUUCCACCCAACAAGUAAGUGAACACCGCCUGGGACCCGCACGCCGUCAUGACGCGCUUCCUGCUGGAGCACGUGCUCGGGCCCGCCGCCGCCGGCGCCGGCGGCUUCCCCCCCGCCAGCCUGGUGACCUGGACGCUGGAGGAGCCGGACUGGCUGCGCUGCUGGUGCGCGCGCUGGGGGCAGCCGCCCGCUGCGCCGCUGCGCGUGCUGGCGCUGUUUGCGUUCGAGGCGCACGGUGAGUGCAACGGCGCAGGAGGACCGAGAAAGACAGUCUGGAAAGUGUCGGGGUAAGGGGCCGGCAAGGGCAGGCGAGGAGGGCGGACGCUGUUCAAGAACCUGUGUAUGCCACAUUACCACUGUUAUGAAGGGGAGGGCCGUUCGCCCGUUAUAUUCCGUUUUCUUGUAUAUCUGCAAUAGAGGAGCGUUGGACAAGCUGGCCCCAACAAAAGCAUGACGCUUACAUGUGGAGCACGCGGUAGGCCGGCUCGGGACGUUGAUGUCGAUGUGGUACCAACUUGUUACGUGGAGCAUUCCGACAAUGGGCGGCCUUUGUCAACCGCCGGCUGCAGCAGGUAAGUGGCUGCCACUGCAGCUGCUGCGACUUGCUGACGUAUGAACUAGGCUAACUACGACUUCGAUGCAGCAGGCGGUGACGGCGGCGGCGGGCUGGACCUGGAGGCGCUGCUUGACCGCUGCGUGUGGCGCCACCGCUACCGAGGCGGGUGGCAGCCGCAGCGAUGCGGGCACUCGGCUUCCACAGCAGGUACAUCUUGAUGCUUUGCAUUUGUGCCCUGCAUCACGCAGUAGUCAUGUGCGCGGGUGCCUUGAGCCCCUUUCGGGU